UGUUACAGUAUGUGCAGGCUGCAAAGAUAUUUUGAUGAAGGAAAAUAAAGACUGUUUUGACGGUUAUAACACAUACUUGGCUAACCUAGGCAACAGUGGGGCGGAUUCUUCACAAAUUUUGUCACUUCUGUGCAGAGAUGAGGGUAGAGCGGCAACAAAUUGUUUAAAACCACUUCUAGAUGAAUGUAAGGAGCUUGCAGAUGAUGAUAUGUAUCUAGUAUUUACAGUACUUGAUACAAUGGGUGGAUGUGAAGUACUGGAAUCUCCAGAAACCAUUGGUGAUGUCAAAGGCGAAGUGCCCAGCGGUGGUACCGAAGUUGUAAAUGAAGUCGAACAUGACAUCCCAAUUGAUACAACACUGUUUGCCAAAUUACUAGAAGAAAGUAAAGGAGUUUGCAGCAACUGGACAGAUAAGCUUCACAACACGUGCCCAAAAGUUGAAAUACCAGAAAUCAAAUCCAAACAGAUGAGGUCAAGUCAAGCUGAUCUUUUGGUUAAUUUUCGGACUAAACUUUUAAAAUGCCAAUGCCCUCACUUUCCACCAGAUUACUUUAAAGAUGACUGUUUGAAGGAUAGAUUGACGACAGAUCACCAAUAUAUCAAUUGCUUCAAUAAUGCCACAAAUUUUAUGAAAACGAAUCUAACUUGCGAGCAAUAUAAAAGCGCCUAUGAAUGUGUAAAGAACGCUAUCAAACCAUGCAAGGAUGAACACAAGGAAACGUUUUUAAACACAACAAAUAUCUACCUUGAUGCUAUCUUUGUGAGGGAUUGUAAAGUUGAGAUUGGGAAGGCGAUAACCAUGGAGAAAAUCGUAAAGAAAGCAACGAGUAACGCCUAUGUCAACAUGCUUUCAUUUUAUACUAUGUUUACUAGCAUUGCUAUUGUCUUAAUUUUUAAUAUCAAAUGAGUAAUUUUCAUUGAAUAAUGGUAUCUAAGAAAUAUGUUAAAGGGUUAACGUUAAAGACAAAACCAAACACUCGACAUUUUCUUCAGCUUUUUGCAUACUAAGUCUGGCAAAACAUUUUGCAUUUUGCAACAAAAUAUGAUGGUCAGCUAAUUUGACGCUGAGCACAUUAUUUAGAUAUUUUAUUGUCAAAAAAGAAUCUGAACUUGGCACAAUCUCAGCACCUUCAGGGCAUAAUAUAUAUAUUGAGCAACAAUCUUUUGUAAGCACAAUAUUCAACUGAGAACUAUAUUCUGUAGUUUUCCGAAAUAUAUAUUGGCAGCGUAUAUCAUUAUAUAGAGGACAGAUUAACAUAAAAUGGAAUUCGUCCUCUAUUGAAGUUUCACAAUAAGGACAUAUACGUUAUUCUCUACUUAAGCCAUAGUAUCUGUUUCAAUAAGAAGAUUGUGAACAGAGCAUCUAAAAGAAGCAAAACAUUUUCGAAAUUUGACAAUAUCCAGGACAUGUACAUAAUAUUCAACUGUAAAUCUUGUUUUAUAUGAUGAAUAAUAUGUCAAUUUCUUAUUAAGCAUACAUUUUGCACUCCAAUUUUGUAGAUAUUGAUCUUUUAGUCUAUUGACAUACAGAUUCAAAAAAUCAUCAUUAAUAGUUUCAUUUUGGUUUUCCCAAAUAUAGCCAAAACCAUUACUAAAUAAAUUCCUCUUAUGUCUGAAACCCAAUUUUUCCUACCUAUUGUAUCAUAAUAUAAUAUCAUAUUAUAACAUAAUUUAGGAUAUCUAUCGUUUGGCAUUUUUAACAGUCUUAGCCAAUAUUUAAUACAAUUUUUGAUGAGUAGAUAUACAUUGGGUAUCGUCCCAAGUCACCCAUAACUUCAUCAUUGCAAGCAUUAGAGUUUACUUGUAAAAAUCUUUUACAACAAAAUAUAUGGAGUGAUUCACUCCAUAUACCAUUUCAGUGCCUUGUAUGUUUUACAUACAUCACGCGAUUUUAAAUAUUAACAAACGUAUAUAAACUAAAGAUUUUAAAGUUUUACUUAACAUAAAAGUCAUUCUGUCUGAUAGAAAAAUAAAAAUGAAUUUCACCACACUUUAUUCCUCGUGCUAUGAUAUCUUUAACAAAGAACUUUCCUGGGUUUAAUACCUCAGAUGUCAGUAGUAUUACUGGACUGUUUUAGGAUCAGCAAUUAUUUACAUUUGUCUUUAUCCAAUAUUUCGAAUAUUUCAUUUGCUUAAUGACAAAUAAAAUGUUCAAUUAUUAGAAUUAUUAAAGUUUUAUUACAUUUAUCAAUAUUGCAAUAUCGGGUAUAUAAUGAAUUAGAAAUGUGUCGUCACGCCACGGAUGCCCCCGCAUGCAGCCAGAAUUUAAAAUGAAAUAAUCAUAUUUAGUUCCAAAUUUGUCGGCACAAACUUUUUUUCAUUCUAAGUUCAAAGCCCGUUAACACAAACCAUUUUUAUACAUAGUUCAAGGCCAUGAAAGCAUUCUGUGUUAACCUUUGUCAAAUUGCAUAUUGCUUUUUUUAGCCGAGAUAAUGACAACAAUCAUUUCCACGAAAGUGAGAGUGCAGAAACUGAUUUUUUUUUCCAACGUUCAAGAAAGAUAACUUUGUUCAAAACCAUCGAACCAUGACCAACUUCAAAUUUGGCCUGCUCAUUCCUAAGAUGUAUCUUCAUGUCAAAUAAGUGUUGUAUUACUGUUAGGGAGAUAAUAAACAGAAACUGAAAAGAUCAAGAGGGAUAACUUUGUCAAAAAUUAUCAAACCAUGACCAAAUUCGAUUCUGACAAUCAUAUUCCUAUGACAUAUCCAUAUAUCAAAUUUGGGUUGAAUAUGUACAACUGUGUGGGAGAUAAUGAACAGAAACUGAAAAUCUCCUUUUUUAAAGUUAAAUAGGAAUAACUCAGCUAAAAUCAUUGAACUAUGACCAAAUUCGGACUUGACCUGCCCAUUCCUUUGGUGUAUCCAUAUGUCAAAUUUGAGUUGAAUGUGUAAAGUUGUUGGGGAGAUAAUGAAAUGUAACUGAUUUUUUUUUUAAGUUAAGGGGUUUAACUGUGCAAAAAUCAUCAAACCAUGCAUAUGAACUUGACCUUUGCAUUCCUUUGACGUAUCCAUAUUGUUACGAGCUAAACGCAACUGAGAAGAUAACACGGCAACAAAUUUUAUAAUUUUUAAAUUAAAGAAAAACAAUAAUUUACAAUAAUACAAAAAAAGAUGAAAGUAAAUCUUAACUUACCAUUGUUUACGAUUUAAUUUUAACAAAUGUUUUAAAGUUUAACUUACUCAGUACAGUUUGAAAUUUAAUUACUUAAAUUUAAUUCAUGUUUUAUGCUUACAGCAGAAUAUUACAAUACAUGCAAUAUGUUUAAAAUACAUUUUACACAGAAUUACAGAAUUUAAACUAAUAUAUUUUUAUGUAAGCUUUACGAUAUUAUAAGUAAAAUAGCACACAAUUAGUAUAUUAACAUUAAAAAAUAUUACAAAUUAGCAUACACCUUGAAGUACAAAGAUUUAUUAUAUAUAUACUAUUAAUGAACAAUUUAGAAUCCUAAACUACUUACAGAAAAGAAUAUUUUAGAAUGAUCACGAAAAGAACUUUUUUAAAAGAAGAUGAAUGAAAAUGAAAAAUUAUAUAAAUAUUAAAUAAAAAAACUAUUAAAAAUGGUCGUGCCAUGAGUAGGUAUUGAACCCACGAUAUUGAGAUUAUUAUUUUUGCGCUUUACCUACUGAGCUAUUUAGGAAAUAGAUACUAAACACAUUUAAAAUAAAGCCUAUAUACAUAACACCAUCCCUUUUAAAGAAAAAAAUAUAUGAAAUAUUUUUUUUUUUAAAUUAGCAAUAGGCAAUUAAUAUACAUGUAGUAUAUUACACACGUGAUGAAGCAUUAGGAAUAAAGUUAUUUUUUUAACAUGUUUUAUUUUAAGAUUAUGAUUUUGUAACAUUAAACUUUAUCUUUACAAUUUUUAUUUUUUAUUUUUGAGUUUAUGUAAAAACUUGAGUGGAUUGUAGUUACUGAAAACAAUAAUGGGUUUUUAAGAAGAUACGUUAACUUUAAAAUGUUGAAUUGCAAGUAUAAGAGCUAAACACUUUUUUCUAUUUUAGAGUAUUUUUUUUAGGUUUGUUAAAAUGUUUAGAUGGAUGGUUAACACCAUUGUUGUUUUUUUAAUUAACACAGCCCCAAUAGCAAUAUAACUUUCAUUUACAGCUUAUUUGAAACAUUUGUUAAAGUUUGGAGCUGGCACAAUUGGUGAUUUUAAGCAAAUUUGUUAAUGGCUUAGCAAUAUCUGAAAAGGUUUCGCAAAACUUUUGGUAAUAACCAGCCAUACCAAGAAAUUUUAUUAAUUGUUUUUUUUUUACAUUUUACAUGUAGGUACAGGAAAACUAUUAAUAGCUUGUACUUUAGCAUUAACUGGUUUUACAAGAAGCUGCUCCACCUUAUGUUUUAAAAAUGUCAAUGUAGCAUGGCAAAAUUUACUUUUUGCGAGGUUGAUUGUUAAUUUAGUGUUGCUUAAUUGCUUUUCGAAUGCUUUGAUGAUUUUAGGAUGUUUUUAAAUGUACGGUUAGAAUGUAUGAUGGCAUUGUUAAUGCACCCGUUGCAUUUAUUGAUACCAGCGAUAACCGAAUUGAUAAGCCGUUGAAAUGUAGCUGGUGAAUUUUUUAUGCCGAAAGGUAUAACUUUAUACUGGUAAAGCCCAUUAGGAGUUACAAAUGCUUAUUUAUUUUGCAUUCUUAGUUAAUGGAACUUUCCAAAAGCUUUUAAGUUAAAGUUUGUUACAUAUUUUGCUUUUUAAACAUUUUUUAUGCAAUUAUUUACUUUUUGUAUUGGAUAUGUAUUAGUUUUUGUUAUUGCAUUUAUUUUACGAUAGUUUGUGCACAUUUUAUAUGAGUUGUUUGAUUUGGGCACAAGAAUGUAUUGUGAACUAUAUUUGCUUUGGUUUUGGUUUUAUAAAGUUAUUUGUUAGUAAGUAUUUGACUUUAUUUUUUUAAGCUUGUUGUUUGACUGGAUUUGUUUUGUAUGGAUUUUGUGUUACUUUUUAACACAACGCUAUGGUAUAUUUUAUUAGUUUGUGUAACAAAUGUUUGAAAUAAUACACCCGCUUUUUUAGUUGUUUUGCUGUGACAGUUUAAUGUGUUUAUAUUUUUUAGAAUUUUUAACUUUUGUUUUACAAGGAUUUGUUUUUGCCAUUUUUUUGCAUUUAUUCAUAUUACUAACGUUUUGUUUAUACGAGACGUGGUCAGUUACUGAAACCGGAUUAACAAUAUUUUAAGAAUUUUUAUAUAUGAAGACCCUAUAAAAGUUUUUUUUUCCUUUUAUGUGUUAAAACAACAUAAUUAAGAUUACUUAUUUUUUUAUCAACAAUGUAAGGACCAACAUAUUUAGCGUGUAACGGAUUACCAGGAAUCGACAAAAGAGCCAGAACUUUAUUACCAGACUGAAACGACUUAGUUUUGUAUUUUUUGUUAUAUUUAAGUUUUAUUUUAGUUUAAGUUACUUCGAGAUUUUGUUUUGCAACUUUACAAGCUUUAGAUAUUUUUGUUUAAAGUUUGAGACAUACUUUAAUAAAUCUAUUUACAGGUGAAUUAUUUUUAGACAAGAUUUUUUUUUUAACAUAUGUAAAAGUUUGCGAACUGUGUGUUUAUACACGAGUUUAAUUGGACUGGUUGUACAAACUUGUUUGCAGCAAAUAUGAGCAAGGGAAUACCUUUAUUUUAAUUUUUUGUGUUAAAACAAUAUGUUUUAAUUAUGUUUUUUGUAGAGUUUUAUGGAACUUUUUAAGGGCACCUUGGCUUUUUGGAUAAUAAGCCGAUGAUUUAUAUUUCUUUAUUUUUUUUACUUCUGCAUGAACUGUUGGAAAAUAUGAGACAUGAAAUUUGAACCCUGGUUUACAAAUGGCAACAUCAAACGUAAAUCUAAAAAUACCCUGUCUGUCACCGACUUAAAUAUUAUCUUAAAAAACUCUGGUAAACAUGCAAUGUUAUCACGUCUUACUUCCCUUUCAUUAUCAUCUCUGAAAAUCUUAGACGCGGAGGCAGAUAAUAUAGUUAUUCAAACAGAUCCUUUAUAUACAGCAGCUUAUCUUAUUCAAAGUUAUACUCAGCACGUCUUAAGACCUCAUAUCGACAACACUUCUGACCACAACAGGCAUUUCCUAAAAGUAACCUUUCUUAAUAAAGGUAUCGAUUUCAUCGAUUUACCAAGUAUUUUUCGUGAUAAACGUGUCACUAAUUCAGUUCCUUUAUACUUCAAAAACUCCGAGAUACCAAUUACUUGCUAUAAAUAUAAGAAGCCUGUAAUUCGUAACUUAUUCUUGAAAGGAAUGAGAUUGAUUUUAAUGCUUGUCGUGGUCAGAUUGCUGAAUCUAUAGAGGAUUUUUCGGUCAAAUGGUGUCGCCGUGAAAAUGCGGAUAGUAAUGCUCUAGUUACAUGGAAACGUAACAUCUUUAAAAUUAUUGAUUCACGUAUUAAUUUUUAUCGUGGAAAUGAACAUCUUUUGCCACCUAAACCAAGACUUACUUUAAGACAUCUGAAAAAAGAUAUUCUAGCUUUUCAUUCAAAAUUUGUUUUGGUGCCAGCGGACAAGGCGGCUAAUAAUAUUAUAAUUGUUUGACGAAUCCAUUACAUUAACGUUUUGCAUAAGGAACUAAAUAGCACUAAUGCGUAUUCUAAAACCUCUGCCUCCGAAAAAGACAUUGUAAACAAUCAUAUUACUAAUAUUUCCAAUCUUAAAGUCCAAAUUAAUGAAAAAGAACUCAAACAUCCUAUUAUGUAUUGGAUUCCUAAAUUACAUAAAAAAACCUUACAAAGCCAGAUAUAUUGCUAAUUCUACAUCUUGCACUACAAGUAAACUUUCUAUUUUAUUGACGUCUUGUUUGACUGCCAUUAAAACACAUGUAAUUAGAUAUUGUGAUAAAGUCUAUGAAAACACAGGCAAACAUCUCUUUUGGUCAAUUAAAAAUUCUGGUGAAAUCUUGGAUAAAUUCAAAAUUAAUAACUUUCAAGCUUCAACUGUCAGUACAUACGAUUUUUCUACACUUUAUACAACUUUGCCACAUAAAUUAAUCAAUGAUAAACUAAUUUCCCUAAUUCAGAAAACUUGUGCACGGGAAAAAGUUACCUUUCUAGCAUGUAAUUCUAACAAAGCUUUUUUUACUAACGGUAUUGUUAAACAUUAUACUAUGUGGACCUGUGACGAAGUUUGUAGAGCACUCUCUUUUCUUUUAGACAGCAUUUAUGUCAGGUUUGGUAAUACCCUAUUUAAACAGAUCAUAGGAAUUCCUAUGGGUACUAAUUGUGCACCCCUGGUCGCCGAUUUGUUUUUGAACUGCUAUGAAAGAGACUUUAUGUUGAGUCUCUCUGAAGAGAACCAACAAGAUGUUAUAGUCGCAUUUAAUAAAACUUCCAGAUACCUUGAUGAUAUUUUUAAUUUAGAUAAUCCUUAUUUUGAUCAAAUGGUGUCUGACAUUUAUCCGCAUGAACUACAACUUAAUAAAACGAACUCUUGAAAUUUUAGUACAUCAUUUUUGGAUCUUCAUAUUACUAUCGACAACAAUUCUAUUCACACGAAAAUCUAUGAUAAAAGAGAUGACUUUGACUUUUGUAUAGUUAAUUAUCCACAUUUAGAUGGAGACGUACCCCACGCAACAUCUUACGGGGUUUAUGUUUCUCAGUUAAUUAGAUUCGCUAGAGCUUGUAGCAACGUAAAUGAUUUCAACGAGCGGAAUAUUUUUAUUACCAGCAAGCUUCUAAAACAGGGCUACCGCUAUAAUAAAUUACGGAAAUAUUCUACUAAAUUUUACAAUCGUAACUUUAAUUUAAUUUCUAAAUUCAAUAGUGAUUUAAAAACUCUUCUGCGACAAGGGAUUAGCCAGCCUGGUUUUUAUGGCGAUGUGAUUUACAAACUUCGUAAGAUUUUGGGUCAUGUUAAUUUUUCUGCUGUUUUUACUAAAAUCAUUAAACGUUUUAUUAAAAGAGGUUAUGACCCUACUAUUUUUAGACAUACUGCAUGCAUACGCUUUCCUCUUUUGAUUGCAUCUGACGGACCAAGUGGGAGACUCUAUGAUGGAUAGUUCGUAAAGCCCUUUGGGGCUGAAUUGUCUUAAUGUUCGUCUUCUGCCUUGUUUCGUCGGGCCCUUGUAGGGGAUUUUCUUAUUGCUCUGUCUUCCUUUAGGACAUUGAGUACUUUUGUUAUGGUCAUUGGGUUUACUUUUAUAUGUUUCUACAUGAUCAUUUUAGUGUUUUACUUAUUUAACCUUUUGUAAUCAUGACAACUGUUAGAAUUUCACUUGGCGGGGAAGGAAAUGGUGAGGCUAAGAGCGAGGUUUGGUGCACCAUUAACCGGUUUAAACUCCCCAGCAGUCAUUAUUAUGCUGCUGACCGUUCCAAGGUGGCGCCCCACUGUGUUCCUCAGAUGUAUGCCUAUGUUGUUUCAUACUGUUUUGGUGACACUUUUGCUUGUGUCCCUUGUUGUUUUCUCGUCUACGGUAAGUAUCUUCCCCAUUGCCUCUAGUUUUUGUUUCUUUGAUUAACCGCCCCCCCUUCACCCGGUCUCCUGUCCCCUUCCCCACUGUGGGCCUAUUAUUAUUUUCUUUGAAUUCCUAAUCAGUUACAAAUUAUUUAUCAUUGACCUGUCUUUGCCCUGUCCUUUUUAUGUUUGGGGUCCGCCUGGGCUCCUUGCCAUUGGUUCUUGUUGCUGGGUCAUUUGGGGGUUGCGUUCAUUGAACGCCGCCUUUCCUUGUUGAUCUUGUUUAUCAUAUUGACUGUACAUAUUUUUGAAGACCCUAUAAAAGUGAUAAACUUGACUAGGACAUUAACAAUGUUUUUGGCCUUAAUAUUUUUCAAAAGUAUAGCUUUUCGAAAACGAGUAGAAACACACAUUAUUGUUAGAAUAUACUUGUUUUUUACCUAGAUUGGCCAAAGGUUUUACACAAUUUAUGAGAAUUUUACGGAAUAUUUUUUUUUUAAAUUUAAGAAUGGGAUGUAACUGUGCCUUAGGUAUUGUUUGAUUUGGAUAGCCUAACAUUUGACAAGUGUGACACGAGUUAAUUGGGUUACAUUUGAUUUUAAUUUUGGUCAAAAGAAAUGACUUAGGAUUUUAUGGUAAGUUUUAUUGAUACCUAAAUGACCUGACAUUGGAGUAUUAUGGGUCAAGCUUAGAAUGCUUUUUGAUAACUUUAAGGAACCACAAUUUGGUGAUUGACUGACCAAUUUUUAUUAGCUUGAACAUUGGGAGGACGCCAUUUUUUAUUAAGACACCAUUUUUUUUAUAGUAACCAACAGGAACUUUAGAAAGUUUAUUUUUCGACAAACCCCUUUGAAACAAAUUUGCAACUUCAUGAUUACUAUUUUAUGCUUUAACAAGUUGUGACAUUGACAUAGUGUUAUGACCAAGAUUAUGUUUUUUUGUACUAAAGUGUAUUUUGAGCUAUGUUUAUUAUUAUUAAAUAUUUGACCUAAAAAUGUAUUAGAUAGGCCAACAUUUUAAGUGACCUUUUUGUUACAAUUAAAGGCUUUACUAGCCGCUUUAUUAGCCAUAGCUUUAGUAACUGCACACGAUGGAUAAAGAUUGGGAAUUUUUGCUUAACAAAACUAUGAGUUUUAGUUAAAUUUGGUGUGCCAGUUAAGAGUGGGUUAACCACGACCUUAUUUUAUAUCUAAGUUAUUUAAAGCUAAGUUAUUACCUAGCAACAAAUGGACACCUUUAAAGGGUAACGACGACUUAACACUUACAUAUACCGGUUUAGUAACCAAGUUUGAUAUUAAAAAGAUGAUAUGGGGCGGAACACUUACAAAACCACACUUUACACCCUGAAUAAGGAACCUAUUACCAGAAGAAGACUUUUUACAAAAAGGCAAUGUAUUAGCCAAAAUUAAAGACUUAGGAGCUUUUGUGUUUUUUUUUUAUUUUAACAGGGCAGGGUGGACUAGAAUUACCUUAAAGUGCAACAAAACCAUUCGACAAGAAUGGCCUAUAAAUUUUUAUAUUCGAAUUAGAUUUUGAGACCUUUGUUAAGCUAUAUAAAAAACGUUAUUUUUAUUAACACAAGACUAUGGGCUUGAUUUUAAAGUGGUGAGACCUGUUGGAUUAGACUUAUUAUAAGAUUUUUUUUUAAGUUGAUAGCAAUGUGCCCUUUUUGUUUGCAAUACCAGGAAGUUUAAAGAGAAAAAUGAUUGGUGCUUUUAUUUUGCUUUUUGAUUUUUUUUACUUGUUUGUAUAACCAGACGAGCCAUAGCUUGGUAUGGGUUUACUAAUUGGAUUUUGAUGACCAUUUAUGUUUUAAUUUUUAGAUGGGGGUGUAUAUUGACCUGUGGAUUUAGGAACAAAGGAAUGCUUAUGAGUUAAAGAAUAGUUAUUAGCCAAACGAGCAGCUUUUUGUUUUAAAAAGUUUUUACUUUUGUUUUGUUUAUAAAGGCGUUGACAUUAGAGUUAAUGCAACUUUUGAACUUUAUAACAAGAAUUAACUGGCGUAAAUUAUUAUAAUGCGUUUUAACCUUUUUGACAAACACCAGCGAUUAAACAAUUAUUCUUUUUUAUUUUAUGAGUUUGGUCACUUAAUUUUUUACAGUUUUUAAACUUUUGUUUGUAUGCCUAAGGAACUAAUUCAUAGCCUUUUAGAAUAACCUUUUUUUACAGCAUUAUAAUUUGCAUACUGCUUAAUGCUUAACUGAGUGUAAAUAUUACGAUAUUUGUAUUAAGGCGCUUUGUAAUAAUAAACUUUAGUGCUUUUUUGGCCAUUUUAAAUUGUUUGCAACUUUUUUUAAUUGAUAUAAAAAUGUAUUACCAUUAUUUUUAUUGAAAGAAGGUACAAGUUUAAUACAUUUAGCUACAUUAAAAGGUUUGUCGGCUAUUAAAUGUGCUUGAUUUACAUUUUUAUUAGCCUUUUUUAUUUGUAAAUGGAAUUGGUUUUUUGGGGGAUUUUCAAGCUUAAGCUUUUUUUAAAGAUUUUUAUUUUCAUUAUUUUUUUUAAAAGUUGUAUUUGUUUUUUUUUAUAUUUUAAUUUUAACCUUAAUUUACAUUUUAGUUUUUUUAAUUUGAUUUUUUGCUUAACUUUGAGUUUUUUUAGCUGUCAUUGUAACUUAAACUUUGAUUUUUUUACUUAUAAAAGAAAGAAAAAUUAUCGAAACAAUUUGUUUUACCAAAAAUUUAAUUAAUUUAUUUGAAACUUUUUGUUUUAUUAUAGAAGACUUAAUUUGUUUAACAUUAAAAUGUUUUGCAAGAUUGAGCAAAUUAGACUUUUUAGCCGAAAGAAAUUUAUUUUGGGAGGGUUUUUAAACAGACUGGUUUCAAUUAAAAGACAUUUUAAUUUGUUGCUGUGUUUUGCAAACAAGAUUUUUAAAGCAAUUGACGGUUGACAGCUAAACUUAACUUUAAAUAAAUAAUGAAACGGCUUUAAACAAAAAUUUUCCGGACGACCCCAAAUUUUGUUAAUUGCAAAACGCAACAGAGAAGAUAACGCAGCAAUAAAUGUUAUAAUUUUUGAUUACAGAAAAACAGUAAUUUACAAUAAUACAAAAAAAAUGAAAAUAAAGUUCAACUUACAAUUGUUUACGAUUAACAUUUAAAAAAUGUUUUAAAGUUUAACUUACAGUUUGAAAUUUAAUUGUUUACAACUUAAAUUUAAUUAAUGUUUAAUGUUUACAGCAGAAUAUUACGAUACAUGCAAUAUGUUUAAAAUACUUUUUACACAGAAUUACAGAAUUUAAAGAUCCUGUAACACUGUUUUUUAUGGUUUAAUUUCAUAAAUAUGAUGCUCAAAUUAAGAUUUGUCAAUAUUGUAAGUUCCAAUAAGCAUUAUUUAUAAAGAUAUUACCAAAUUUAAUAUUUCAUAUGAAUAAAGGGAUGUAAUUAGAAAUUUAUUUUUUACAAAUUUGAAGUCAAAUUUUCCAAUAAGAAAUGAAUGCAUAUAAUUUAUUAAUAACAUAUAAUGUGCACAUAUAUUUGCAGUAUAUAUUUUAUAUAUUCUCCGAUGUUUAAAACUUGUUUUAUCUGCAUAAACAUAUACAUAUAUAAUUUAUUGUAAGAGUGGUAUACACACAUGUACAAUAUCGAUCACAAAACAUACAGGAUCUUUAAACUAAUAUAUUUUCAUGUUAGCUUUACGAUAUUAUAAGUAAAAUAGCAUACAAUUAGUAUAUUAACAUUACAAAAUAAUACAAAUUAGCAUACACCUUGAAGUACAAACAUUUAUUAUAUAUACUAUUAAUGAACAACUUAGAAUACUAAACUACUUAGAGAAAGAAUAUUUUAGAAUGAACAUGAAAAGAACUUUUUUGAAAGAAGAUGAAUGAACAUGAAAAAUUAUAUAAACAUUAAAUAAACAAAAUUAUUAAAAAUAAUAGUGGCGUGAGUAGGUAUUGAACCCACGACAUUGAGAUUAUUAGUUUUGCGCUUUACCUACUGAGCUAUUUAGGAAAUAGAUACUAAACACAUUUAAAAUAAAGCCUAUUACAUAACAAUAUGUCAAUUUGAGUUAAAUGUGUCCAACUGUAAGGAAGAUAAUAAACGGAAACUGAAAAUUGUUUUGAUUUUUUUUUCAAAGUUAAAGGGGUGUACUCUGCCAAUAAUCAUCAAACCAUGACAAAAUUGGAACUUGACCUGCGCAUUCCUUUGACGUGUCAAUAUGUCAAAUUUUAGUUGAAUGUGUACUGCCCCUGGAGAGAUAAUGGACGGAAACUGAAAAAUUCUUUCUUUUCUCAAGAAAGUUGGAGAGAUAAUGGACAGAAACUGACAUUUGUUUUCUUUUCUCAAAGUGAAACGGGCAUAACUCUGUCAAAAAUCAUAAAACCAUGACUAAAUUCGAACUUGACUUGCGCAUUCCUUUGUCGUAUUGAUAUGUCAAAUUUGAGUUGAAUGUGUACAACAUUUUGGGAGAUAGUGAACGGAAACUGAAAAUUUCAUCAAGGGGCAUAACUCUGUCAUAACUCAUCGGACCAUGACCAAAUUCGAAUUUGACCUGUAUUUAUCUUUGAUAUAUCUAUAUGUCAAAUUUGAGUUGAAUGUGGGCAACCGUUAUCAAGAUAAUGAACGAAAAUUGAUGCUGACGGAAGGACGGACUGGAGCAACACUAUAUGCCCCAGCCAUUUUAUGGUUGGUGUUGAAAAAUAUAUAUAUCUUAAUGCCAUAGUCUUUAUGCGUUCAAGCUAGUAUGUUCAUCCUUAAUGUGUUCAGCUAAAUGUGUUCAUAUUUAUGUGUUUCUCUGGAUGCGAUCAUCUUAAUUGCUGAUCAGUUUUCAAGUCCUGUCCUUGCUGUUGCUGUCCUUGCCGGCGGAUCUGUGUUGCUAGAUUGUAUCACAGAACACGUUCAUUGAAUGCCACGCUUCUUGUUGAUAUUUGUUUUCAUAUGUUAUGGUUAUAGACUUAUAGUAGUGUCAUUUACAGAAUAAAAAUGUUUAAAUUAAUUUUUCAGGUGAUCGGAUUUAUUUUGUUUAUCAUGACAAGUGUUUUCUUUUUCUUUUUCACUUUUUAGAUUUUGAUUUCUUUAUCAUUGUAAAGAUCUCAUGUAAUUUUGUACUAAUUUAAAUGAGUAUUCAGAACCUGUAUUGUUAUUGGAAUGCUUCGUUUGAUUGUUCAUAUAUACACGUUAAUAUGUGUCAACCAGAGCCAAUAAUUUUGUAUGUGUUAUGCUGUAUUUUUUUCAUUUGAUUUUUUCGAAAUACCUUUCGUAAAAUUAUUAUAUUUUCUUGAUUAUGUUAAGAGAAGUUUGUUAAUUUAUUGUAAUUCAGAAAUAUGUAAAUUAUCAAUAAGCCAAUUAGUUAAUUUACGUCACGUGUAUGACAACAUGAUUAUUAUCAUGAAUUUAUCUAAGACAUUUAUUGUUUCAUGUUUUAAUUAUUUAGGUAUUGAUUUUUCCAGCGGUGGAUCUUUUAUGAAUGCAACAAAACAUUAGCAGACAAAGCUUUAAGAGCAAUGUGGUCACUUUUUACCAUAACGAGAGAUUUAGAAGUGCCUAUAAAUAUUAUGUUAAAUCCUUUUGAUUCUUAUACAGUACUUUCCAAUACCGUCCAUGAACAUGCUCAAUCAAACCGAGCCUGCAUUUUUUUUACAAUUUUGCCGUGUUGGGCUUUCUUUAGGGAUUUUGUUUUUCACUAUUUCUAUACUGAAUUAUUCGAGUGAAGUUUGGGGUUUUAUUUAUUUAAGGCAUAAACUAUUGACAGAGUACAUUAAAAAUUCAUGAAAUGGUUAUUAAAUGUUAAAAUGUCUAUUACAAGUUCUGCUGUUUAUGGUGAAUUGGUUAGAAAUAAGGAUUAUAAAAUAUUUUUUAAAGUUAUAUGAUGAAAAAAUAAUAAUUGUAUUUUAUCAAGUACCAUAAGUAACUUAAGACAAGUUGCUGAAAAUAAUAAUUAAUUGGGCUUCAAAAGUGAGAGAUGUAUUACAAAAUGCUGGUUUUAAUGAUACUUGGUUGUCCUUCUUCAGAAGAUAUAAAUAAGGUAUGUAUGUAUGUAUGUAUGUAUGUCAUUUAUUUGAAGUUUUUUUUAUCUGAUUAUCUGUUAGACUUAAAGAAAGGAAUUAACAGGCCACUGACUUUUGACAUAUAGCGUGUUUAUCAGUUUUCUGCGGUACAUUUUAAUGUACAUAUAAUGUUGUAUUCAACCGGUUGGAAUUGUUGUUACAAAACGAUAUAAUUAAAACAGGAAAAUGGACUUACUGAGUAGUGUUUAUAAUAACUAAAAGAUUUUUAAAUAAUACCGAAGAUAAAUGACUAUUACACUGUAACUGAAUAUUGAUACAACACAUAAAAUUACGGCACAGACAUAACAUAAUUAUUUGUUACGAAACCACCCCGACGAACCACAUAUUUGAAACAAAAGUGUAGUUCCUGUAAUGUUUUUUUUUACAAUGAAAGAAUGUUAAAUUCAUGUUUCUGUACUUAUAUAAUUACUAUUAUGCUGUAGGAAAAUAUCUUAUUGAUGUUUAUUGUUGUUAUUUACUGUGUUAACUACUAACAUUAUCAUGAAAUUACAAGUAUGAAAUUUAGCGAAAUAAAUGUAUCAUGAAAAUGUAUUUAUUUAUAUUGGAUUGAAAAAUUGAUUCCCGAU